CUCUCGCGCGCGCGGCUGGGUUGGAGCCCGCGGCGUCCGCGCCUCUCGCUUCCCCGCGGGGCCAUGGAGCGGCUGACGUUGCCGCCGGGCGGCGCGGCGGCCGUGGACGACUACGUGGAGUACCGGAGAAUUGUAGGUGAGGACGAUGGAGGGAAACUUUUUACUCCUGAAGAGUAUGAAGAAUACAAAAGAAGAGUUUUACCUAUGCGCUUGCAGAAUAGAUUAUUCGUGAGCUGGCGAUCCCCAACUGGAAUGGAUUGUAAACUUGUGGGCCCAGAGACACUGUGUUUUUGUACACACAGGUACAAACAGCAUAAAACUGACUUUGAAGCGGUCCCACAGCAGCGCCCCAUUAGUCUGCCUUGCCGAGUGACCGGCUGCCCGUGCAGGGCUUACCUGUAUGUGCCUUUGAAUGGCACGCAGCCCAUUCGCUGCAGGUGCAAGCACUUUGCUGAUCAGCACAGCGCCACGCCUGGCUUUAUGUGCAGUGCCUGUUCCAAGUGUUCAGGAUUCCAUAGUUGCUUCACUUGUGCUUGUGGUCAGCCUGCGUAUGCCCAUGACACAGUAGUGGAAACUAAGCAAGAGAGGCUGGCUCAAGGAAAACCAGUGGGACGGGAUGUUCCUUAUGCAGCAAUGGGAGGAUUAACCGGCUUCAGCUCACUAGCAGAAGGCUACAUGCGGUUAGAUGACAGCGGAAUUGGUGCACCUUCGCCUGAAUUUUUAGACUCUCCAGGUACGGCCGUGGACCACCCAUUUCUAAAGGCAUUUCAAGCAUCAGCUACUUCCCCAGAAACACUAACAGAUGUAGGUACAAGUAGUCAAGUUUCUUCCUUAAGGAGACCGGAGGAGGAUGACAUGGCUUUCUUUGAAAGACGAUACCAGGAAAGGACAAGAAGAUGAAGAAAAAGAAGACUAUUAUAUAAAUUACCUUCCAAGAGAAGAGGAAGUGAGUAGGGGACAGAGAUAAGCUUGGUUUUCCUGCUGAAGAAUUUUGAAGUAGCGGGGAGAGUCCUCGUAUGAUUUAAGGCAGAGCUAGAAAAUGGAAGUUU